AUGUCGGUCAAGCCUCCAUAUGAUACCGCGGACGCGGAUCCACAACUGCAAUCCAUCUUCUUCACUCUGCCUCGCGAACUUCGGGACCAGAUUUAUCACUUCCUACUGCUCUCGACACGACGCACCUUUCAGUCAUUCCCAUUGAACUCCACAUCCGGCACACAACUAAGCAAAUGGGACGUCUUGCAGCUGCAAUACCGCCUUCCUGCCGACUUCGCAAACACCAAUCCACGCAAUCUGCCCUUCAGCCAGUCGAACUCUGCCCCAGACUGGCUAUUCAGCUGCAAAGCCAUGAUGCAUGAAGGAGUCAUCCAAUUUUCCCGCAACGCGGAAUGGUUGUUCGAUGGGCACAGGUCGAUCAGCGACUGGACCCUGCAGCUGCCCAUCGACACAAGCAGAACGACACGCAUCGAGUUCAAGGUGCAGAACCUAGCCAACUACGAAGAACCGAGAUGGGGCCAAGGUACAGACACGUACGCAGAGCUAGCACAGUAUGCGCAGCGCAUGCGCAAGGUCGAUAUAAAAUGGACGACGAUCAGAUUCGUCGGACACAGCUAUCGCUUCGGACCCACGAAUGUGUACUGCAAUAACCAGGCGAACAACAUGAUGCGCAAUCUCGUCACCAUCUUCGACGGCAUCGAUGCGCAGCGCUGGGAAUUUGGGAUUCAGGAUCCCGAGCCGUUUCGCUAUUGGGUCCUGUUUGAAUGGGUCGUUGAGGAAGCGCAAAAACCAGGCGUGGGUAAAUUAGAAAUUUUAGUCAAGGAACGCACGAGAAAGCCGGUCAAGAUUAUCAAGCCUGAAGAAGAUUUGGCCAAUUUGUUGCCGCCGGGUUGGGUGUGUAAGAGGCCGCCGUGCGAGUGUAAUGAGUGUGUGCAAGAGAGAGCGGAGGGCCAUGAAGGGGGUUAUGGACCUCGACCCGAUGUGGUAAGAGUGACAAAUGCUGGGUGA